UUUAAGUGUGCGAUUUGAGUUUAACGGUUAAUCUCGCAGUGAAUUGAUUCUAACGCUAGGACACGCACACAGGACGAGCGUAUUCCCAACUGGCUAGCAAUUGAGCAAUUGUGAAAAUGGAUGCGCUACGCUUGCGUGGUUCGCCAUUUGUGCGCUUCGGUGGUGGGGCCGGCCAUGGCCCCGGCUUGCCGCAUCCACAUCCCCAGGCACAUGCACAUGCCGCACACAUCACACAGCAGGAGCCGCUCAUCGUUGUCGAGGAAUCGAAUUUGCCCGAGGAGCUGGAGCCGGAGAGCUCCGAAACGUUCUCGAAUCGCGCCAGUCUGGACAUUGAUUCGCCCGUGAAUCCCUACUUGCUAUCACCGUGGCGGGAUCCGCGCGAGGCUCGCAAACACUCGCUGCCCUCGCAGCAGGUCACCGAGGGCAUCACCGCCAGUCAGGUGCGUCGUCUAUCCGAGCGCGGCGGCGAGGGCUCCGGCCCAUCGCCCAAGGAGGCCGCCUUCUUGGCCACACUCUCACAGGCGCCGGCUCCGUCCGGCCGUCGGCACUCAGUUGUUACCAUCUCGAAGGUGCCCACCACACUCUUUGGACGCUCUCGCCGCGAAUCUGUCGCCGCCUAUCCAUCAAGCAAUGGCAGCAGCCGCGUAUUGAACUCACGCCGGGAGAGCAAUACAGGACCCCCUUCGACAGACCCUAUUGGCAGCAUACACAAUCUGCAGCUGGACAUUAUGGAUGACAUCUAUUUGCAGUCGCGCAAGGCACGCUUGAAGCUCUGGACGUCGAGCAACGAGAAGGUGUGCGAGGUGCAGACGGUGGAUGAGGUUGGCGCCGGGGCACCAGCUCGACGCUACACGAAUCGCCGCUAUUCCGAGUGUCCCCAGCCCGGCGCGGCUGGAGGCAGCAUCAUGCGGCGUGCCUCAGAGCAUCCACAGGCACCGAGUGUGUCGCCGCAGCCGUUGUCGGCGCGUGCAUCGACGCGACGCAAGAAGUCUGGCAGCGGCAUGGGCUUGCUGGGCAGCCGCACAGACAUCGCUGGCAUAUUCAGUUCGAUAACCGGAUCUGGGAGCUAUUCGGGCCCCGAUUCGCACCGGCCUGAUCCGGACGGCGGCUCCUCCAGCUCGUCGGGGGCCACGGGCAACAGUGCCACCAGCCCCUUUUUGAGCAAUACGUUCCAGCAGGCGGCUCGCGGACGCACCACUAGCGCCACGCCCACGCCCAGUGGUGGGCAGACGUCGAGCAGCAUGCUGCUCGAUCCGAAUGCAGGCCGCUCGACACGCUCCAACAGCUUCGACGUGUCCAUAUUGAACAACGCCAAGCAGCUGGUGAGCGAGGCGCAGGACAACAGCUCGGCCGCCAUAUCCGGCUGGUUUGGCAAGCGUCAGACGACGCCGCUGCCGCGCAAGAAGAGCGUGCGCAGCAAGAGCAGCGCCAUGGCCCUCUCCAAGGAUAUGCUCGAGCGGCUGCAGAAGAAGGAUCCGCUUGGCGGCGACUCCGGCAAGCCGAAGCUAAAGCCACGCAGCAAGCAGAAGAAGAGCUGGGCCGAUGCCACCAAGGCGAACAUUGUCGAUGCCACUAUACUGGGCACGGCCAUCGAGGGCUUUCUGCGCAAGAGCUCCAAUGCGAGCAUGGGCGGCGGCAUGAAUGCUGCCGGGGCAUCCACAUCGGCGGCUGGUCGCGCGGCAGCGGCCGGUGCCAGUGGCAGUGGCAGUCGUGGUGCCGUACCCAAGGACUCCGGCGCCAGUGGCAGCAGCUCCAGUGGCUCUGGCGGUGGUCGACGCAGUCGGCCGUCGGCCGCCAGCUCGGCCCAGUCGCAGGCCGGACGAGCCAUGCGCUCCACGCUCAACUGGUUCAGCAAGGGCGACGAGGACGACUCGAAGGACACGUGCGAUGCUUCGCUGUGCGCCACGCUCAAGGAUCUCUUUGUCAAAUAGAUCGGGCCGCCGAGACGCAAGUAAACGGACAGCCGAACAGCGACACGCAAUGGAGAUUAAAGGAAUGUAAGGUGAGCAGACGACGGCAAUCACCUAUACACACAUUCCUUGAUCCUGAUCCACUGACUUUGCUGUGCAGCGAGCUACUUGCAUCUCAAUGCAUCAUUUCUCAUACAAAUCACAGGACAAACGAAGCGCAACUGACAGCCGGAACAUAAGGUACAAUUUGAAACAAUAACGGUAAAUCGUAAAGGUGAUCAGAGUGACCAGAGUGGCCAGAGUGACCAGAGUGACCCGGGCACACCUAGUAGUUAAUAGCAAUAGCAGAGACACAAUUUUUUUAGUAUGGCAACAGAGCAGGUGAGUUUUGUGAUUAUCGCAGGGCAGGGAAAACAAGGACGUGGGCGAGGCAGGCCGAUUGACAAAUUUACCUAACGACAGACA